AUCAACCGGCUUCACUGUUCCCAUCCCAGCCUUAUCUGUUCGACUUCUGUUGUACUGCCGCAAGUUGUGUUUUUUAAUCCUAAAGUCCUCUUCUUUCUGUGCAUUUCUUGUUUCAACUGGGAUUUGAUUGGAAAUCGUUCCAGAAAUUGGAAAGAAACCCCAUUUGGAAUUUGGAAAGGAGAUUCUCUUGUGGAAGUUACGGUUUUCUACUUCUGGUUGGAUUUGCUGGCAUCAAAAUUGUGUGAAACGUGAGAUUGAGAAGGCGAAGGGCGCUAAUUAGUUGAUUCAUGCCACAAGUUGGUUGUUUUCUGCAUGUUCUCUGACCUCACAUCCCGAAAUACUUACUCGGAGAUUUACAAGUGCCAAGGUCGAAAGAGAAUUUGGAGCCAAAACUUUUAUUUCAGAUAAUACUUCCUGAAGCAGAAGGUUUCAUUCAAGAUGACUCCUGUAAUUCAUUGUACUAUAGGCAAUAUCACUCUGGUUCCUCGAAUUGUUUUCGGCCCAAGGAAGGAGAUACACUUAACAAGAUGUGAUACUUCUGAAAAGGACACCAGGCUUAAAUCAUCUCAAAGGUUUCUGUUACCACAUUCAUCAUUGAGACUGAUUCAGCUACACACUAGUCGCUUUUGCCAUGGAAUUCGAACGGUAGCAGCUGUUGGUACUGAUUUAACUGUAGAAGAACCAAAUCCUACUGUUUCAGGGGAUGUUGCUGAUGGAAGCUCAGAAGCACCAUCUAGUUCUGAUGAAUCAAAUGAACCUGGUCCACCAAAUCCAACUACCACUUCUUCUAGUAAAACCAAACGCACUAGACCUGUGAGGAAGAGUGAGAUGCCUCCUGUGAAGGAUGAGGAAUUAGUUACAGGUGCUUCAUUUAUAGGAAAAGUAAGAUCAAUUCAGCCAUUUGGUUGUUUUGUGGACUUUGGAGCCUACACAGACGGUCUGGUACAUGUUUCCAGGAUGAGUGAUAGUUAUGUCAAGGAUGUUGCGGCUGUUGUUUCUAUUGGACAAGAGGUGAAAGUGAGACUUGUGGAGGCCAAUAAGGAGACUAGACGAAUCUCUCUAACAAUGCGUGAUACGGAUGACACAGCUAAAAUCCAACAGAAAAAAGAAUCUACAUAUGAAAGUAGUGAAAAGCCAAGACCUGUCAGGAAAAAUACUUCAAGGUCAAAUCAGAAAAGAGAGGAGAAACAAAAGAGCUCAAAGUUUGUUAAGGGGCAAAUUUUGGAUGGGACUGUGAAGAACCUCACAAGAUCAGGGGCUUUUGUGUCACUUCCUGAUGGAGAAGAAGGAUUUCUUCCUGUGGCUGAAGAAUCUGAAGGGUUUGGUGGCAUUUUAGGGAGUUCGUCACUGCAGGUCGGCCAAGAGGUUAAUGUACGUGUAUUGCGCAUUAACAGAGGGCAGGUAACUUUAACAAUGAAAAAAGAAGAAGAUGUUGAAGGGUUAAACAUGAAACUUAAUAAAGGUGUGCUGCAUGUAGCAACGAAUCCGUUUGAGCUGGCUUUCCGCAAGAACAAGGAAAUUGCUUCUUUCUUGGAUGAACGAGAGAGAACACAAAAAUCUCUGGAAACGAUGGAGCAGACAGUAGGAGAAGUUGAUGAAAUAUUAGAAAGUUCUAAUACUUCUGUCGUUGAUAAUUCAGCAAGUAGUGAUGAUACGCAACUCAUUGAUUCCUCUGAUUCAACUACUGAGGCUGAUGAUGAGAAAUCUGUUGCUGAAGUGCUUCACGAGGAAACUCUUUCUGUCGAUCCCGUUUCAAAUAAUUUGGAGAACACGACUGAGGAAUUGUCUCAGAUUGCUGAUAUAGUUGCACAAGAGGAUGAGAAAAGCUCCAAAAUCUUGAAUCAGUCUUCUCGAGAUUCAAUUCCAGUUGUGAUCCCUGCAAAAGAUAAUAUAGAGGAGUCCUCCAACUCUGUAGAGGAAGAAAACAUAACUUCAGAAAUAGUUUCAGAGGGAGGUGAAUCUUCUGCCAACAAUUCGUUAAAUCCAGCAGUGGACGAAGCUUCUUUAACCAAUGCAGGUAAAGAAGUAACUAGUAAUAUUCAAGCUUCAAAGGAAAUUGAAGAAGUUUUGGCAGCUAAUAGUUCAGUAGAAGCUGAGGCUUCUGUAAUUGGAGUGAAGGAAACUGAUGUGACAGCUGAAACUCUUGAGCAGGACAAACAAAGUUUGGAAACUCCAAGCUCAGAAGAGAAAGAGGACCUUGUAGAUUCUGUGCAAGUUGAAGAUUCUCCUGGAGAAUUAGAGACAAAAAAUGAUGCUGGAAUUCUGAAUGAUCAAACCUUAUCUACGGAAGCUGUGGAUUCAGUGGUCAUUUCUAGUAUCCAAUUAGAUAGCACUGUAGCUACUGAAGAUGUGGCACAAAAAUCAACUAUACUGGCUGAGAAUGAGACCGUUGCUGCCAAAUUACAUGAUGCAAAAGCCGUGGCUGGUGGAAACUUAAGUGAGCAAACUGGCCCUUCUGGCAUAGGAAGCUCCAUCAAAGCUACCAUUUCACCAGCACUAGUAAAGCAAUUACGUGAAGAAACAGGUGCAGGUAUGAUGGACUGCAAGAAGGCUCUUGCAGAAACUGAAGGUGACAUUGUUAAGGCCCAGGAGUUCCUCAGAAAAAAAGGUUUAGCAAGUGCAGAUAAAAAGGCCAGUAGGGCAACUGCUGAGGGUAGGAUCGGAUCUUAUAUCCAUGACAGCAGAAUAGGAGUGCUCAUGGAGGUGAAUUGUGAAACUGAUUUUGUCUCUCGAGGUGACAUCUUUAAGGAGUUGGUUGAUGACCUCUCCAUGCAAGUAGCAGCAUGUCCUCAGGUUCGUUAUCUGGUCACUGAAGAUGUUCCAGAAGAAAUUGUGAAGAAGGAGAGGGAAAUUGAAAUGCAGAAGGAAGACCUUUUGACUAAACCUGAGAACAUAAGAUCAAAAAUUGUUGAUGGCCGAAUUAAAAAGCAACUUGAAGAAUUUGCAUUGCUUGAGCAACCAUACAUAAAGAAUGAUAAAAUGGUAGUUAAGGAUUUAGUAAAGCAGACCAUUGCGACUCUUGGAGAAAAUAUCAAAGUCAAAAGGUUUGUCCGAUACAAUCUUGGAGAAGGCUUAGAGAAGAAAAGCCAGGACUUUGCUGCUGAGGUAGCUGCACAAACUGCAGCUAAAUCUUCACCUGCAGUCCCAAAGGAUCAACCUGCUGAAACCAAGGAAGCUAUUGAGAAGCCUAAAACAGUUGCAAUAUCAGCUGCAUUGGUGAAGCAACUUAGGGAGGAAACAGGUGCUGGCAUGAUGGACUGCAAAAAAGCUCUUGCAGAAAGUGGUGGUGACCUUGAGAAGGCUCAGGAGUACCUCCGCAAGAAGGGCCUAUCAUCUGCUGACAAAAAAUCCUCCCGACUAGCUGCCGAAGGUCGGAUUUCAUCCUACAUCCAUGACUCCCGCAUCGGCACACUCAUUGAAGUCAACUGUGAAACCGAUUUUGUGGGGCGGAGCGAAAAGUUCAAGGAAUUGGUUGAUGACCUUGCUAUGCAGGUAGUGGCCUGCCCACAGGUUGAGUUCGUCUCCAUCGAGGACAUCCCAGAGAGUAUUGUCACAAAGGAAAAAGAUAUAGAAAUGCAGAGAGAGGAUCUCAAGUCGAAACCCGAUCAAAUAAAGGAGAAGAUUGUUGAAGGAAGGAUCACAAAGAGGCUAGGAGAGCUUGCUCUUCUGGAGCAACCCUUCAUCAAAGAUGAUAGCAUUAAGGUGAAGGAUCUGGUGAAGCAGACAGUUGCUGCCCUCGGAGAGAACAUCAAAGUUAGGAGGUUUGUUCGCUUCACUCUUGGGGAGAGCUAAGGACUGAAAUCUGAGGUUGGCAACCAUGCAUAGUCUUGGAAGAGUUGAGAGAAUUUUUGAACACGAAUGUGACUCACGAUUUGUAAGGUUCUGCUUCUGUAUUUAAUUUUGUUGUAUCAUCUUUUAAUCAACAAAGUAGUGAAUUUUCGCCUUGAUGACAGAAUUCUGGAAGGAAAAUUGCAUGGCCGUGAUGAUGUCAUGUUGUUUA